AUGGAGCAAACCCUGUGCACCAUGGGAACCGAUCUGGCCCUGCUCCAGAGUGCCAAGUGGCAGGAGAGGCUGGAGGGCAUGGAAAAGGUGGCCGCGCUGGUGGCCGAGAGGGGCCCCGCCGCCCGCGACCCCGGCGUCCUCAUCCAGUGCCUGGCUGUGCUCCCCAGCUGGGGCGAGAAGAACUUCCAGGUGCUGAACAAGGUGUAUGAGGUGAUCGCCGCCCUGGCUGCCGGCCCGCUGAGUCGGCGGGACGCCGGGAUCGCGGUGGAGGGCAUGGCCGAGAAGAUCGCUGAGCUGAAACACAGGCUCCCCGUGAUUGCCGGGCUGGACGCGGUGUCCGAGGCGGUGGGCCCCGGCUUUGUCUGCGCCACGCUCCAGCGCCUGGCCGGCGCGGCCAAGAAUCCCAAGGUCCCCGCCGAAGCCCUGGCCUGGGUGGCGGCCGCGGUGCCGGCCUUUGGCCUGGGCCCGGCCAUGGCGGCGGGGGCGCUGGAGGGGCUGAAGCCCGCCCAGGUGACGCAGGUGGAGGACGCCUUCCGGCGCAACCCACGCGAGGAGGUGGUACCCACCCGCCACGUCCGCCGACGCGGUGCUGCCCCCAUGGAUGUGGAUGAGGAGGGUAGCGAGCCCUCCCCCGGCGCGGUGUCGGUGGACGACCUCCUGCCCCGCACCUCUAUCGCCGGCGCCAUCACCCUCACCCUGCUCAGCAUGCUGGCCUCCUCCAACUGGAAGGAGCGGAACACGGGCAUCGAGCAGGUGGACGACCUGGUCCGCGGCGCGGGCGGCCGCAUCGCGCCCGACUUGGGCGAGCUCCUCCCUGCCCUCAAGUCCCGGCUGGCGGACACCAACCGCAACCUGGCGGCCAAGGCCCUGCUCACGCUUUCCAGAAUUGCCACGGCCAUGGGCCCCGAGUUUGACCGUGUGGCGGGCCGCCUCCUCCUGGCGCCCGCCGUGUCCAACCUGUCGGACAACAAGAAGCAAGUGCGCGACGCGGCGCUGGGCCUGCUCACCGCCUGGCUGGGCGUGGCCAGCCUGGAUCGCCUCCUGCCGGCCGUGCUGGAGGCCGUCGUGGCGACGCGAACCCUGGCCGACGGCAAGGUGGCCGCCCUCGCCUGGAUGACGGAGAGCCUGGGGCCUGGGGUGAAGCGGGAGGGCGCUGACGCCCUGGUCCGCGCGAUACUGGCCGCAAGCCGGGACAAGACCGUGGCUGUGCGGGAUGCAGGCUCUGCCCUCUUAGUGGCCGCUGCACAGGUGGUCCCUCAUGACAGCCUGCUGGCCGCCCAGAACGGGCUCCCGGCCGGGGACAAGAAGGCGGCGGGGGAGCUUUUCGCCAAGCUGGCAGGCGGCGGGCUGGAGCCGGUGGAGGCAGCCAUUCUGGUGCCCCAACCCCAGGCCCGGGAGGAGCGAGCGCGGCGGUUCCGGCCGCGCUCGCUGCGGUACGAGGGUCUGUCCCCCGACGAGCCAGAGCUGCUGGAGAAGGAGUUCCAGGGGGUGACCUCCCCCGAGUUCAGGGACUUCAAAGGCCACCUGCAGGCAGCCGACACCCUCCUGGCCCAGCUAGACCUGGUAUGGGCAGGCGUGGUGGCCGGCCUGGACCUGAUCCUGCGCUGGGUGGUCCUGCGCAUGGCCGACGGCAACAUGCAGAGCCUGGUGCGGGUGCUGGAGCUGGCGCGCGCCCUGCUGUGCGCGCUGCGCGACGCUGGGGGGCACCUGACGGAGCUGGAUGCCCUGGUCUUCCUCCCUGCCAUCGUGGAGAAGGCGGGGCACGGGCAGGAUCGCGUGCGGGCGCUGCACCGGGAGGUGCUGCACGCCGCGGCGGGGCUCUACCCCGUCCCGCGCCUGCUGGACCUGGUGACCCCGGGCCUGGCCUCCAAGUCGGCGCGCACGCGCAUCGAGUGCGCGGAGUUCCUCGCCGAGCGGCUGGACCUGGACGGCGCGGGGCCGGCCCUCGCCAGCCGCUCCAAGCCCAUCAGCGCCGUCGCGGCGCUGUUGAAAGACCGGGAUGGGGCCACCCGCACGGCGGCCCUCACCGUCAUCGAGGCGGUGUGGGUAGCCGAGGGCGACGAGGUCUGGCGGCACCUGGGCAGGCUGGACGUGCGCGAGCACGACCUGGUGGAGGAGAAGCUGCGCAGGAGCACCCGAGCUCGCGUGGCGGCGCCGACCGCGGCAGCCGCCCAGAUCCCGGCCUCGACGCUGGCUCCGCCCGCCACCCAGGCCAGGCCACCGUCGCCCGGACCCGCGCCGUCGCCGCCGGUGCCGGCGGCCGUUGCCGGUGUGGCCAGCCCCGACGUGGACGAGGCGGUGGAGGCCAUGAAGCAGGUCUGCUCCGACCUCAUGCCGGCAGCAGAGGGCCGGAUGUCUGCGAGGUCUGUGGCCUUGAUGGCGGCGUCGGCGGAGACCCUGUUUGCCACCGUGCACGCGCAGCUGUCCUCUAUCCUGGGGGCGGGGGAGCGGUCUCCUCCUGGCGGCCCGGGCGUGCAGCCGUCGGCGCGGGGCUGCAAGUACGGCCUUAAUGUACUGCUGCAGGGCCUGGCCAUCCCCGACGUCGCGCUCAGCCUCUCGCAGGGCGUACUACGGGACACCAUCUCCCUGCUGCUCCUCCGCCUGCUGGAUGACCGCAGCCUGCUGCGAUUUGAGGAAGGACCCACGCUGGUCAAGGCGGUCAACGUGCUCAUGCUCAAGGCAGGCUGGGGAGUGCUCGAAACGACGAACAGGACGUACUGCUUCGCGGCCUUGCUGCAGCUGCUCCGGGCGCCGCCCAAGGGCAUCAUCGCCGAGCAGCUGCCCAAGUUCUACGAUCUGGUGGUCAAGUGCCUGAUCAAACUGACAAAGAGCCUGCAGGCCGAGAUGGAGGGCGUGGACCUGGAGAGCCUGCUGCUCAACAUCCACGACUUCUUCCUGUUCCUGGGUGUGGACGAGAUCCGGCGGCGCUCCGGCGUGGACGACAAGCCGUUGCGCAUGGUGAAGACCAUCCUGCACGAGCUCUGCAAGAUGCAGGGCUACGGCAUCUACGCCCACGCCCGCGUGAUCGCCCCCGAGAAGGGCGACUCUGCGUCGCCGGCCGUGUCAGAGGGCUCGGGAGGGGGUGGUGGUGCGGGCCCCGCCCCCUCCGCCAUCUCCGAGGAGGACAAGGCGGCGGUCAAAGCCGGGCUGAAGGACAUCAUGCCCCGACUCAUGCACCGAUCGGAGGCGGAGGGAGCCAUGCAGCAGCUGUACCACCUCAGGCGGCAACACCCCGAGUACGUGGACAAGUACAUCACCGGUACGUCCGACAUGUUCCGGGCCUACAUCCGCGACGGGCUGGCGAAGCUGGAGGCCCGGGACGACGGCGCCCAGGACCCGGGGACGCCCCCGGCCUCGGCCGCAAACGGGGCACCGGCUGACGGCAGGCCCGGGGGAGACGACAGGCCACCGCUCCCUCCCGGGUCUGACGGAUCGGCUGCGGGCUCCGUCGCGCGGCUGAACAGCCUCAGGGAGCGCCUUGCGAGUGCGAGGGGCAGCGUGGAGGGUGGCCUUCCCCCUGCAGCUGCCCUUUCUCCAGGCAGGAGCCUGGGUCGCCCCUCGGGCGACCUCACCUCGGUGCGGUCUGCGAUCGACGAGCUGGCGGACAGGAUGGCCGCCCUGCGACGGGCUUCCCACACCUCCGGCUAA